AUGCCGGUGCUGGUCGAUUUAGGCUGCACACGCCAUGAAAACUGCACCACACUUAACAGUGUGGUCGGUCGGGUCUGCGACGGAUCGAAAGGCGGCAAAAGUAACUGUCGGUGCAGCCAUGAAAAAGAGACCAGGAAGAGCGCGUGGCCUCCUCGGCGAGGUUUCUACUUCGGGCAGAGGCAGAGUUGUGUUCAGACCAGCUGUGGUGUGGUGAACGGCGCGUGCGAGUUGAGCGCCAAGCGUCUCCGAAUGGAUUACGAGGCCAAGGUCUUUCCCCACAGCGGCGGCUACGGACGUUACAACCGAACGGUGGUGGCGUUCAGCUGGUUCCCCAGCUUCGCCGUCAUGUUCAACCUGUUCAGCGACAUCUUUUACACCGCCAUCCCGGACGCGUACCACUGCAAACCGGACCCUCGGCUCCUUCCCUCCGCAUUCCUCCUCGCCAACUUCUCCAAGUCGGCUUACCUGAACCUGACCGUCCCUUGGGUCGACGGCACCGGCCCGAGCCGUUGCGAGCUUUACAAGUACCCGCCGAACUCGUCGGACUUUUCUGAACUUGUACCACGGCAGAAGGUGGGCUGCACCGACGGUUGGGAGUACGCUCGGUUGCCGGGGCUCCAGAGCAACUUCGUCACCGAGUGGAACCUGGUCUGCAAUGACUACUGGAAAAUUCCCCUUCAACACAUUUGCUUCAUGACUGGAUGGAUUGUAGGAUACGUCUUCAUCGGCUCAUUGUGCGAUUGGCUCGGUCGUCGAAGGGGUUUUCUCAUGUCUGUUAGUUUGUCGAGUCUGUUUGGUGUGGCUGUGUGUAUGUCCAACAGUGCUGUCGUGUUUCUGCUGCUACGUCUCUCACAGGGCAUCAUGCUAGCUGGGAUCCUUUUAUCUUCAUACGUAGCAAGGUUGGAGCUGUGCGACCCUCCCCAUCGUCUUAUGGUUGCCAUGGUCAGUGGCUUCUUUGCCAUCUUUGCAGAGCUACUGUUGCCAGGUGUUGCUGUUCUGUGUCGCGAUUGGCCGGUUUUGCAGGCUGUUUCCACAUUACCGCUGCUUCUGCUCAUUUCCUAUUGGUGCUGUGCUCCAUUGUUUCCCGAGUCUCCUCGUUGGCUGUUGUCCACAGCUCAGAUCCCUUUGGUGAAAAGGAGCCUGCAGGAAUUCUCCACUCGAAAUGGCGUGUGUUUGCCAGAUGAGCUCUUCCCUGGUGAAAUGUUGCUGUCAGAGAUUGAAUCAGUAUUUGAUGAAGAUUGUGAGCCGAAGUAUUAUUCCAUUUUGGAGCUCCGUCGGACUCGAGUUAUCUGGAAGAACUGCCUCAUCCUUAGCUUCACUCUCUUGAUUGGAACAGGCAUCCAGUACUGCUUCACCAGAAACCUGCACACAUCUUCCAACAACUUCUACUUCAGCUAUUUCGUCAGAAUCGCCACAGGAACUCUGGCUUGCAUCAUCAUCUGCGCCACCGUCAAUCGUUUCGGUCGCCGUGGAAUGCUUCUGUUCUUCGCCAUCAUCACCGGACUGUCUUCGCUGCUUCUUCUGGCACUCGCUCAGUACCUGCAAGGAGGCUUGGUCCUGGUGAUUUCUAUUGUGGGACUGCUGUUUUCGCAAGCACUUGCUAUGCUCAGCGUCUUCUUUGCUUGUGAGGUGAUGCCAACUGUCGUGCGAGGCGGUUGUCUCGGUCUCGUACUGGCAGCGGGCUGUGUCGGCAUGGCCGCCUCUUCUCUGAUGGAGCUCCAGAACAACGGGGGCUACUUCCUCCAUCACGUGAUCUUUGCCUCUUUCGCUGUCCUCUCCGUGCUGUGCAUCAUGCUCCUGCCAGAGAGCAAGCGCAAGCCGCUUCCGGACUCGCUGAAGGAAGGCGAGAGCCAGCGCCGGCCGCCGCUUUUCCCAUCCCAGGUGGACCGGGUCGACCUCCCAUUACUGCGCUCUCGACCGCAGCUGUCGGAGUACAACCCUGACAACUACUCUCGACUUGUCACUGCCACCAGGAAAAUGUUGACCAGAGAAAGCGUGCCUUACAGAAUCGCAGUUCGAACUCGUCUACGGUCUGAUAGUGAAGCACAGGGACAGGAAAGUGAACCACUGAGGGAAGGGCCUUAA